UCGUGACUUUUUUCUCAGAGUUAUGAAAUAUAACGAUGAAAAGCGUCACUCAAGAAAAGCCUUUCCCCUUCCCUUGUUCCUUAUGAAAUUCAUCAGAUGAUAAUUUGAUGCGAUAACUUAGAAACUGCUGCGCGUGAGAUGAAAUGCUCAAUAUUGAUAACGUUUCAAUUUACAAUAACUAUCCACCCAAUUCGGACGCAUUUCUCCGCUCUCCAGCCCCAGUUUGGGUGUCCCAAAGUGCUUUAAAUUUGUGCGAGAAAAAUCACAGAAGGAAAUGUUAAAAUUAGUGCAAUUGUGUAUUUUAUUGUGUAUAAUAAUUCUAGCUCAGCAUGUUCCCCAAAAUGAGACUUCUCCUGCAGAUAAAAACGCCACUUAUGGAGAUUGGAGCCGAUGGAGUAUUUGUGAUGAGAAUUGCCAUCAGAAAAAGGUGAGAUCAUGCCUCAUUGGGAAAUGUGAAAAGAAUCGUCUCAUGAAGGAGAGAAAAUGCCCAGGAUGUAGUACAAAGAUCAGCAUUGUGAAGAAACUACUAUCCAUCUUCGGUUUGGAUGACUCCAGUCAAGAUGAUUAUGGAAUGGAGAAUUCUGAGGAAUAUAGGUUGAUGCCUGAUACCAGUAUGGAAAAUCCAAGGAGUGAUCAUGACUUUAAAUUGGACACUUUCUUCAGUGAUUUCUUCAAUUCGUUCGAUUUUGAGUGGGAAAUUCCCUUCAGUAGUAGUCCUGUUGACAAUGACGUUGAAGAACAGGAUGAACAUGACGAAAAUGAAGAUGUAGAAUUUGUGGAUGGCAAAACGAAUACAGAGGAAUUGUUUGGUAAGGAUCACGUUUGCGGAGUAACAAAGAAUGAAAGAUCUCCAGCAAUGAUGGCAAAAAUCAUAGGCGGGAGGAAUGCAAUGAGAGGCAGAUGGCCGUGGCAAGUGGCACUCUUCAGUCAGGAAUAUGAGAAAUUCUUCUGCGGGGGAACUCUGAUUGCAAAAUCUUGGGUCCUAACAGCUGCCCACUGUCUGGUUUCUGACUUUGCGACUGAUAUCACUGUUUUUGUGGGACUUCACGAUACUGCAGAUGUCGAGGAUUCUCCAUACAGUAUUCAUCUCAUUAAGAAGCGCGUUACUUACCCACGAUACGAUCCUGAAAGUAAUGACAACGAUAUCGCUCUAUUGAGACUCUACGAUGAAGUGAAAUUGAGUGACAAUGUGGGAUUUGCCUGCUUACCCAGUUACCUUCAGGCUUCUCCAGACCGUAGCGUAGUAUGCAAAGUGUUGGGCUGGGGCGGAGGUACUCACAGAACAAUCCUCCAAGAAGCCGAUAUGAACAUCCAACCCAUAAAGUCAUGCAAAAGACAUUACUAUGGCACCGGGAACGUUAUAACGCGUCACAUGCUUUGUGCCUCAUCCCGCAACUACGCUAGUGACACUUGUGGAGGAGAUUCAGGUGGACCCCUUCUCUGUCGCGAUCCCAAAACACCAUCCCGUCCCUGGACCCUUUUUGGCAUCACGAGCUUCGGAGACGACUGUACCGUUAGCGAGGGUCCAGGAGUCUACACGCGUGUGUCUUCCUUCCGCAAGUGGAUAGAUUCCGUAAUUGCAUGCGACGGCUUAUGCUAGAUUUAAACACUUUUUUGUAUUUUUACAGUGAAAAAAUAAAUAUAGGAAAUUUAAUGCAA